GAUGGACGGAGUGAUCUAUGUCUAUACAGGACUAUUAAUUUCAAUGUUAUUAUCAAACAUAAAGACACUUUUAAAACUUUAGGCAAAGAAUUCAUUCUCUACACCAUGGCGAUGGUCAUUUAAACAUUCUUAGGAACAUAAGAAUUCAAUUUACAAACGAGAGGGGGCCAUUCGGCCCAUCAAGCUCGUUUGGGGAGAACUUUAAUAGCUCAGAGUUGUUAAAAUGUUAUCUAGCUCUGCUUUAAAGGAACCCAGGGUUUUAGCUUCCGCUACACUAGCACUAGCACUAUAUUCCAUACUCUAACUACACGCUGUGUAACUGAAAACAUACAAACUUACCAAUCAUAGAAGAUCAACUGGGUAUAAGUGUUUCUUGACACUUUUAAAGAGAAUUUUAACUGACUGGUACUAGUCCGCUCCCUGCGUGUUAUUUUGUGUCACUACUUAAUGAUCAUCUUUUUUCCCCCCGUCGGUUUUAAGAAUAAAAAAGGCUUGACAUGAAAACAACGCAACGUGAGCCCGGCUGUCCCUCCAAGCCACUCCCAUCGCCGGACCCGGAGCGGCUCUCCGAUGCCACAGCCGCUCCGUAUCGCGAGCAGGGAGCAGCCAUGGCGACAAUGGUCCAGCCGCUGACUCUGGAUCGAGAUGUAGCCAGAGCGAUCGAGCUUCUGGAGAAGCUUCAGGAGUCGGGGGACGUCCCUGUGCACAAGCUGCAGUCUUUGAAGAAAGUGCUACAGAGCGAGUUUUGCACUGCUAUUAGAGAGGUAUAUCAGUACAUGCAUGAAACAAUAACUGUGAACGGCUGCCCAGAGUACCAGGCCCACGCUACAGCUAAGGCUACGGUGGCGGCGUUUGCAGCCAGCGAGGGCCACUCGCACCCGCGCGUGGUGGAGCUGCCCAAGACCGAGGAGGGCCUCGGCUUCAACGUCAUGGGCGGCAAGGAGCAGAACUCGCCCAUCUACAUCUCGCGCAUCAUCCCGGGGGGCGUGGCCGAGCGGCACGGCGGCCUAAAGCGGGGCGACCAACUGCUGUCCGUCAACGGCGUGAGCGUGGAGGGCGAGCACCACGAGAGGGCCGUGGAGCUCCUGAAAGCAGCCAAGGACAGUGUGAAGCUGGUGGUGCGCUACACGCCCAAGGUACUGGAGGAGAUGGAGGCCCGCUUUGAAAAGCUUCGCACGGCCCGGCGACGCCAACAGCAGCAGUUGCUCAUCCAGCAGCAGCAGCAACAGCAGAACCAGUCAGCCCAGCAGAACCACACAUCAUAGGGCCUCCUUUGUGUUGGCAUUCAGGUGUCCGAAUUCUUCUACCAGGAUCUCCCAGGGACUGUGCUGGGAGCAUCCUGAAUUAACACAGGCUGCCAGACAUGAACACAGGGACACCAGGCUGGAUUCUCUAAGGGUCCGACCCCUUCCCAUGCAUGUUCCCCAGGAAUGGGCUUCUGCAAAGGAGAGCUAACUGCUUUCAGAAGCUGGAUGGAUGAAUGGAUGGAUUGAUGGAUGGAUUGAUGGAUGGAUGGAUGGAUGGAUGGAUAGGACAUACAACUUAAAACUUAUAAUUUAAAAAGGAUGUAAAGAACAAAAAUCAGAAUAUUAACUGGCUUCAGUUAUUAAGUUAAGGAACUAAAUUUCUGAGUUCAGUUAUGGGACGCUGCAGAGUGGUAGAAUAAGGAGCCAGUUCCUGCAGUUCUGCUCCGCCUCUGUGUUGAAGGCCCACACCGAACUCUAGAGAAGGAACAAGACUCAAGUGACCCUCGGCUCCCAUCUCCACUCGCCUUCUGCAAACAGGGGGAAGAGGAAAGGACACCAGCUGCCAGAUGUUCAGCGUCCAAUCCCCCAUCAGCAGUGAGUUCACCGGGAAGCAGAUCCCAUCUUCUCAUCUGGAAGCAGCCUUUCCACCUACUAGUUUCACAGCUGUACCGCGGAGACCUGUGGGUGUUCAUGCUCUACAGAUACACUAUAUACUGGUGCUUAAGAAAGGGCAGUGGGACGAGAGACAGAUUUGCACUGAUCACCGUCUGUUUCCACCAACAACUUUGUUCCAUUUACAUUUAUUCAUUCAGCAGACACUUUUACCCAGUGCAAGCUACAUAUGAGAGAUCAGGGUCAGACAAUAUCCCUAAAGCAAUUGGGGUUAAGGGCCUUGCUUAAGGAUCCAAAGAUUAAAUCUCUCUGCUGACUACAGGAUUUGAACCAACGACUACCUGCUCCCAAGCAGAGUCCUAACCUACAUACCCCCUCCCCCCCCCCCAAGUAGCUGAGAGAAAAAACAUUGUGAAAGCCAGGAAUCGUCUCCUCCAUUUCAUAAAACUCAUCCAUUUUUCACCGAGACAUUUUUUUAAAGCUGAAUGGUGUGCACAUAUUUUGUUGUGUGAAUGGACACUAGAUACCAUGUUUAAGGUAUUAUUUGGAACAAGUGUAUCUUAGCAUGAGGGUUUUUGGUUUAGCAAUAACGUUCAUUAAAAAAGACAUUGGCAGACUUGUGAAAGAGGAGCUCAGCAUAUGAGGAGACGCAGAGCCUCCUCGCAUGGUAACACCAACACCUGACUGUACCCACGUUAGCCCUUCAGGUGCAAGACCUUAGGGUGACCAGAGUAUCUGCGUAAGGAACAUGAGUAAAUGGAAGGGCAAGUUUCAUAGAAUCGUUUUUUUUAUUAAGAGUGAUUCAGGACUGUCAUAAUGAAACUUCCCCAGUUGGGUCAGUCUUUAAGCGUAUAAAUGAUGUUAAUUUAUAAUUACAUUUUUAAUCUACUCAGCACUUAAUAGCACAUAGAUUUGGGAUAUUAAAAAAUGUAUAUAUCACCGUGGUAACGAAUCGGUCUUAAUAUUUUGUUGACAUUAAAUAUUUAUAUUUUAUAACAUAUAAAAUGUGAAGAAGCUGUUAAUAGGCAGCUACCCAUUAUGAUGUGAUUGAUAGAUAUCAUACAGGGAGGGUCAAGUGAAGAAUUGCGUUUAUAUAUUUUAAUGAGCAAACUGAAGCACUGCUUCACCACAUGGGACUAAGUGUCAGAUGAGCGCAUAGUUAAAUACUCCGACUGCCCCUUGGUUUCCUGCAGACAGCACGGACCUUGCUCUUGCAUCACAAAUGUUCCACGAGUCUAUUCCUUUGUGGAAGGAAUGCAAGAUAACAUGGUCUAACCACAGACAGGUGCCUGCUCUCCAUAAUAAUACAAAACAGAUCGAUUUGUAAUUCGUCUAGAGACUAAUAGUUUUUAGUAGUAACAGGAAGGUCGAGGAGUCAAACUACAAGAGUCUAAGAUGCAGAGGUGGCAAGUCCAGGUCCAGAAAGUACAAAUCCAGACCAAGAUUUUGUUUCAACCAACCAGUUGAGCAGUAAAAGGUCACAUUCCCAGAGUGCUCAACUGGUUGGUUGAAACAAAAUUUUGGUCUGGAUUUGUACUUUCUGGACCUGCACUUGCUACCAAAGAUGUCGGGUAGCCUAGCGGAGCUGUGACGUGUCUCACAUUCUACAAUUCUUCCUGAAUACCUUUUCAUACCACAUUUCCCAUCCCUCUUGUCAGUCAUUUGAAUCGUACUGCACUAUAAGAGAAAGACAGACGACAUGCGAUUGUUAUAUUUGUAAAUAAAUAUGCGUGUGUGUACAA